AUGUUGAUGCCGUCUACUCGGAGGCUGGCCCUGCUGUCGCUCAUAACCUUCCUGAUACUUCUUCUGGUCGUAAGACGCUCUGCUUACGAAGGCCACAUCUCCUACCACCACCCAUCCAACUUCUACCAUCAUAACACAGGUCAAGUCGAGCGGCCAUCGGGCGCGCCAUUGGCUGGCAGACCUCCGGUGUUAAAUAUUGAAGACGAACCUUGGGAUCAUCAAUCAUCCCCAACGGAGGAUCACGAAUACCUAGGAACACUCACAGCAGGUCCCAAGGUCCCCACUAGGUGGCUCGCCUCUCCAGAUGACCAGCCAUCAGAUGCUUCUGAACAAGCCUCCGAGGCCGCACCUUUACCACAGGCCACGAACGUUAAGCAGUACCUGCAGGCAGUUCUCAAAUGGACCCGCCCGAAGCAAGAAGACGGCCACUGGCCAAAGUACGGCUACUAUGAAGAUCGGGAUUAUGAUCCAAAUCGAUGGGAAACGUUUCCAGUGGAAGAAGGCUUCUACACCGAUAGCGGCAUACGGCUCUUAGAUAAAUCGGCCUCCACAUAUCCCGAGCCGUACACACCGUUCCCGGACUAUAACAGUGCCGACUGGCAGCAGCAAUGGAGGGGCGAGUACCAGUUUUGCGAAGGGCCAAGAGGGCUGCCGCUCAACGAGAGCUCGCAAGAUAUUAUACACGCCUACCGUGGACCUCCGGCAGGGUUUCCUGAGCCUUCCGCAGGCUCGUUUGAGGCAGUUGGCAUUCACAACAAUGUAUGCUUCGACCGGUACUCGCGUUACGGUCCGUACGGCUUUCUCAAUAAAGGCGUCGAUGUAUCCGGGUGGACAACGCCGGAGAAGGUAUACUGGCGGGGUGUGAAAUGGGGCGAGUUGCAGAAUCGGUGUCUGGAAAGGAAUAAGAAUCGCUACGCAGAGCAUGCCCGUUCUGCAACGGACACGAAUCCCGGCAUGGAGGUACCCCAGGACGUGUCAGUCUCGGACGCGCCGAAAGGGCUUAUACGACCAAAAGAAACGAGAACUGCGGCAUCCCCGUCCUACCGCUCCCGCACCGCUAUCCUCAUUCGGACAUGGGAAGGCUACACCUAUACCGACAACGAUAUGCAGGCCAUACGCGCUCUAAUCAUGGAAACAUCUCUGCUGUCUGGUGGCGAAUAUCAAGUUUUCCUCUUCCUCAAUGUGAAAGACGAGAAUGCGCACAUUUACUCGGAUGAGAAGACCUACACCGAUUUCGUGAAAAAAGUCGUUCCCGCUGAAUUUUGUUCCAUUACGAUUCUUUGGUCAGAAGAGAUGUGCAAGAAUUGGUAUCCGGACAUCACCGACUGGCAGGUGUACUGGCACCAGUGGAUGCCGGUGCAGUGGUUCUCCGAGACGCAUCCAGAGUUCGAUUAUGUCGUGAAUUGGGAGACGGACGCCCGCUACACAGGUCACCACUACCAGUUCCUCGAGUCCAUCGCCGAUUUUGGCCGCAAACAGCCCCGCAAGUACCUCUGGGAACGCAACAAGCGCUUUUACCUCCCCGCCGUCCAUGGUAGCUACGAUCAGUUCUUUGAAGACACCAACGCCAUUGUCGCCAACGCCUCUGCCUUGUCGCAGAUCACACCCGUCUGGGGUGCCCAGCCCUAUUUGCCGGUCCAGACACCGCUCGGCCCCGAACCGCCCACCACUCAAGACGCCGACAGCUUCAGCUGGGGCGUCUCCGAAGAAGCCGACCUGAUAACACUCUUACCGAUAUGGGACCCCCGCAACACCAGCUGGUCCAUGAAAGACAAGAUCUGGAAUUUCGUUCCAGAUUUCCUUAACACAGGCCGCACCCGGCACCCCAUCUUCACCCCCUCGCAACCCACCCACGAUGAUUUCACCGACCCUCGCUUCGUGAACAUAGACCGCCGCAUCUUCAUCAACACCGUUGCCCGCUUUUCACGCAAGCUCUUGCACGCAAUGCACAUCGAGAACCGCGCUGGCCGCACGAUGCAGGCCGAGAUGUGGCCCGCCACCGUCGCGCUGCAUCACGGCCUCAAGGCUGUCUUUGCGCCUCAUCCCAUUUACUUCGAUCGCCGCUGGCCGGGCGAGUACGCGGAUCUGGUCUUCAACCCCCGUGGUGAGACGUCUGUGUCUCCGUCGCCUGAACUCUCCUCGUCUUCGGAUGUCGAUCCGCGCGUCCUCGCCAACGAUGGCGGCGGCGACGACGGGUUUGCGACCGCGUGGGCUGAAAGACAAGACUCGCCUUACAACCAUGACCGCGAAUACAACUUCUGGGGCUGGAGUUGGUACUACAAAUCGCGGUUUGGCGGAAGAUUGUACAGGCGGUGGUUGGGCUGGAAGGUGGUUGUGCAUCCGUUUGGGUACAAAGGGCAAGAGGUCGGUGGAGAGGAGUGGGAAAAGGAGCAUGGUGGGAGGAUGUGUUUGCCACCGAUGCUGCUCCAUCCUGUUAAGGGGAUGAGGGAAGGGGAGGUAUGGGAUGAGUGGGUUGUGCAGUAG